UGCAGUUGUGACCAUCUUCUUGCACAUGGAUCUCCAUGGAUCUGGAGGCUACAGACUGGCAUUGAUCCUCACUCGCUUGGCACACAACGUGGCACCUACGAACAUGGCUGGCCAUUGGUUGGCUCGUUGUCUGACUGACAGUGAAAUCCAUUCCUCGUGUUGAGUGUAGUGGGCUGAGCCCAGUUAUCUCUCUCAGCCUAAUGGCUAGUCUCUUCAUAUGUGGUGAGGGAAGUUCAGCCAUGUUUUUCCUGUGCCUGUCUGUUCUGAUAUCGGAGGUGAGUCCGUCUCCUGCCAGCCUAAAUGCUUCUCUCUCAGAAGAAGGCCGGUUGACGACACAUGGCUUCCCUGUGAUCUGGAACAUGCCCACUAGACGCUGCCAGCAUCGCUACGGGGUCUCCCUGCCCCUGGAGAAGUAUGGCAUCAUACACAACCCCAAAGAGCACUUCUGGGGCCCGGAGGUCAGUCUCUUCUACCAGCAGCGCCUGGGCCUCUACCCCUACCUCACACACACAGGGUCACCAGUGAAUGGAGGCAUCCCUCAGCUCGCUGACCUCAAGGGUCACCUCUUGCUGGCUGGAGAGCAGCUGGACGCAGCACUCGGCCAGGACUUCAACGGACUGGCCGUGCUGGACUGGGAGGCCUGGCAGCCUCUGUGGACCUGGGACUUUGGCGCGAAAGUGGCCUAUCGAAAGCUCUCCGAGCGCCUGGCCAGGCUGAACCACCCGGAGCUGCGGCCACAGGAGGUCAGGUCGCUCGCCAAGAGAGAGUUCGAGGAAGCCGGACGGACCUUCAUGCUGGAGACGUUGCGGCUCUGCAUGACUCUACGCCCUGCGGCAUUCUGGGGGUUUUACGGCUUCCCGCCGUGCUACAACACCAACCUCGGAGGACCGGGCGGCUACACGGGGCAGUGCCACAAAGGUACCUCUCUGCUGAAUGACCGGCUGGCAUGGCUGUGGCGAGAGAGCAGUGCCCUCUACCCCAGUGUGUAUGUUCCAUGGAAACUGGCACAGCAUGGGCACACACAACUCAUGGUCCGUCACCGCAUACUCGAGGCCCUCAGAGUCGCAACCCAGCAUGCAACAUAUCUGACACCCACUGCUGUAAUACCUUAUGCAAGAGUUGCCUUCUCACACACACUGCAGUUCCUAAAUAAGACAUAUCUGGAGAAGGUUCUGGGGGAGAGCGCUGCUUUGGGGGUGGAUGGGCUGGUGCUCUGGGGUGAGCUUAGCUUUGCACAGUCUAAACAUCACUGUCUGCAGCUAAGGGACUACAUUGAGAGUGUUCUGGGUGAGUAUGUGGUCCAGUUGCGACGUGGGGUCCAGCGCUGUGGCCAGGUUGUGUGUGGGGGUCACGGACGCUGUGCCCGACGACAACCCCACUCUGGCUACAUGAUCCCCCUCGGCAACGAGAUGUCCGACCCCAACCGACUGCGCCAGGCAUUCCAGUGUGUGUGUGGGCCUGGGUGGAGCGGCCGGUCCUGUGAGAAGGACAAGCCCGCCACAGAGUAGAGUUUGUUUACAGAAACACAGCAGCCUCUGAGGUGUAUGAAAGGAGUGCAGAAUGUAGUACUAUCUCUGUCUCUUUUCAAUACUUGGUAGGAUUCAGUAGUAUACUAGUAGAGAUCAUGCCAAGGAACGAUAAAACAAGGAUGUUAUAAAUAAUUUACAAAUAUGAAAUAGUAGGUAUUAUGGCCAAAUGUGAAAUAGUUAAAAGGUAUUAUGGCCAAAAUUUGAUAUUGUAAUACCUUACUGGCCAUUUUUACGAGAGGCCAUUCAGGCCCAAAAUCAGUUGGUGUGUUAACACAGGCUUUACUUUGAUGUAAUAACCACUUGCCUCCAAAUGUAGCAAUGGAUGUCAUAUAGGGAACUGGGGGUCAUAAUGGUAUGUGAAGAAAUAUAUGAAGAGGAUGUAGACACUGUGUUCUCUUGUGUUCACACUGGUAUUACUUUAACAAUAAUGCUGCAUUUCUGAAGGCACAGUGCAAAAAGACUGUAUCGCUGCUCAUAGUAUAAUGUCUUUUAAAUCCAUGUAUUUUCAUUUUAGGUGACACAAAAAGUGUAAACAAACAGACAAACAAGAGGCACAGAGCACUAAGUAAUAUGGAAAGACAUGGGCUUUACAAGCCAUCCCAGUUACUGUAUAUCAUUCCUGACUAGAAAGCCUACCUUCUAUACUAGUCAUUCUUAUGAGAUUGUAAAUGCUUGCAUUUGUAUACUAACAGAGUUUUUUUCAUAGCUUUCUAACAAGCCAAACUAAAGGCUAGAUAGCAAUGAAGGCUAGUUGUGAUAAAGUGUGAUAAAUGGUCAAACGUGUCAUGAAUAAAAUGAAAAGAUGUAUACUUUGCUAAGUAAA